AUGACGUCUAAAAUUGAGUUCACCGUUAACGGGCGAAGAUGUCGAGUGGACGAAACGUUACCUCCGCACACGAGUCUCAACGCCUACAUUCGGUACACGUUGGCAUUGCCAGGUACAAAGGCGAUGUGUCAUGAAGGCGGCUGUGGCUCCUGCAUAGUGAUGGUGCGAGCCAAGCGCUUUACCAGCGGGAAAGUUGAAACAUUCUCUGUUAACUCAUGUCUCGUGCUAGUAUUCUCCUGCCACGGCUGGGAUAUUACGACGGUUGAAGGCCUGGGGAAUCGCAGGGAUGGAUAUAGUGAGGUACAGAAGCGUAUAGUGGCGUUCAACGGUACACAGUGCGGAUACUGUACACCGGGAUGGGUGAUGCAGUUGACCAGUUUAGCAGACAAAAACCUUACAAUGGCUGAACUCGAGAACUCUUUCGGGAGUAACACUUGCAGAUGUACAGGCUUCAGACCCAUUUUAGACACUGUCCAAUCAUUUGCCAUUGAUGCCCCUCCAGAAUUAUGCCAAAGAGUUAAAGAUAUUGAAGAUCUGAAUACUUGUGAAAGAGGUCGGCAAAAUUGCCACAGAAACGGUUCGUAUGGGAGCGGGAGUGAGUACAGUGACUGGACUCUUGUUGAGGACAUAAAAUCUGAUGCCAUGAUUGUCCUAAACUUUGGCAAGCGCAAGUUUUUCAAGGUGUUCGAUGAGGAUGAGAUAUUUAAUGUUUUAAAUAAAUAUAGGAAUAAUUCGUAUAUGCUUGUAGAUGGAAAUACUGGCAGAGGUAUUGUUAAAAACUUCGAGUACCCGGAAAUCUUGAUCGACAUAAGUGCAGUGUCAUCUCUCAAAGGAUACAAAAUUGACCAAAACUUAGUGCUGGGCGCAAAUGUUUCGCUAGAGGACGCAGUCAGGAUCUUUAAAGAAGUUUCGCUGACAAGGAAUGAGUUUGCUUACUUGACAGAAUUUGUGAAGCACUUCGAACUAGUUGCAAAUAUUCCUGUUAGAAAGAUUGGUUCAAUAGCUGGUAACCUGAUGUACAAGCGAGCAGUACCUACGUACCAGUCCGAUUUAUUUCUUCUGUUUGAAUGUGUUGGAGCCUACAUCACUGUCCGACAGUCCAACGGAAAACAGGAGGCUCUAGAAGUACUACAGUUUAUCGAAUAUGAUAUGACGGGCAAGUUGAUGGUGAACGUAGAAUUGCCACCUUUGAGCAGCGCAUGUAAAUUUCGGAGUUAUAAGAUUAUGCCACGCAACCAAAAUGCUUUGGCAAUAGUUAAUGCAGCCUUCUUUCUAGAAUUCGGAAAAGGAAACAAGAUUACAAAAGCUAAAAUAGUUUACGGUAAUAUUGAUCCUAAAUUUGUGCACGCGACUAAAACUGAGAAGUAUUUGAUCGGAAAGAAGGUGUUUUCCGAUAAGAUCCUUCAAAAAGCCCUGAAAGUGCUUAACGAUGAACUGCUACCAGUUGAAAUACCUGGAGAACCAUCCAUAUCGUGCAGGAAGAAAUUGGGACUAGGACUGUUCUAUAAGUAUAUACUUAACAUCGCCCCGAUUGGAAUACCUUUAAGCAAAUAUAUCUCUGGAGGUAGCCUGCUCACAAGACCUGUUUCUAAGGGCAAGCCUGAUUAUUUGACGGAUCCUUCUUUAUACCCCUUGAACAAGCCGAUAACGAAGCUAGAGGCUAAGAUUCAGGCAGCAGGAGAGGCCAUGUACGCGAAUGAUUUGCCUCCUCAGCCUGGGGAAGUGUUUGGUGCCUUCGUAUUGUCAACGAUACAUUCCGGAGAAGUUGAUACUAUUGACGUUGAACAUGCUUUGGCAAUAGAUGGGGUUGUAGCACUGUACACGGCUAAAGAUAUUCCUGGUGUUAAUUCUUUUACAUUCCCCGGAAUACCGCUACAAUCGGUGGACGAAGAAAUUCUGGCAACUAAAAUAAGAUUCUAUAGUCAAGCAAUAGCCAUAGUUGUAGCAAAAACUGAAAGACUUGCCGCAGAAGUUGCUAAAAGAGUCAAAGUGACCUACAAAAAUGUAAGCAAUGUCGCUCCCGUUUUGACUAUUAAUGCUGCAAAGAAAGAUAGUAAAAGAUAUAUCGCUGGUACUCCAAAAAUUGAUCCUAAAACACGAGGAACUGAUGUCAAGAAAGUUAUCAAAGGAGUGUACAAUAUCGAAUGGCAGUAUCUUUAUUAUAUUGAGCCUAUCACUUGUGUAGUUAUUCCAAUCGACAAUAUUCUUGAGGUACAUGAUUCAACGCAAUGGAUGGAUCUAACGCAAAGUGCUAUAGCACGUUCUCUAGGAAUUCCUGAAAGCGAGGUGUUAGUUAAAGUCCGUCGUGUCGGCGGUGCUUUUGGAGGCAAAAUCAGUCGUAGUGCGCAAGCAGCAACUGCUUGUGCUCUCGUCGCUAAGAAACUUAACGUUCCAUGCAGAUUUAUUCUGCCAAUGCAAACUAACAUGUCAAUGAUAGGCAAAAGACUACCUUCACAGUGCGAGUAUGAGGUAGGCGUUGAUGACAAUGGCAAAAUCCAAUACCUGGACGCCACAAUAGUUGAAGACAAGGGUAAUGCCAACAACGAAGAUAUUUUAGAUUUUACAGCUUCAGGGUUCCCUAAUUGUUACAACACUGAAACUUGGAGAUUAAGGACAGCUAAUGUAUUAACGGAUCUGCCAACUAACAGUUUUGCUAGAGCACCAGGCACCUGCGAAGCUAUCAGCAGUAUAGAACAUAUUAUGUCACACAUCGCGUUUGUCGUUGGAAAGGAUCCAACUGAACUCCGCAAAAUAAACAUGAGAACUGAAGACAACGAUCUGCCAGAACUAAUUGAAACCUUGAAAAAUGAUGUCAAUCAUGCGAAACGAGUUGAAGAAAUAGAAAAUUUUAACAAAACAAAUAGAUGGAUGAAAAGAGCCAUCUCUGUCAACGUCAUGUCCUUUCCUGUCAUAUAUUAUGGAAACUAUUCAGCUUUAGUAAGUAUUUAUCGAGGAGAUGGAACAGUUACAGUCACCACUGGUGGAGUGGAAAUGGGACAAGGAAUAAACACAAAAGCUGCUCAAGUUUGCGCUUACGAGUUAGGAAUUUCAGUAGAGGAUGUGAAAGUAAUACCUCAUCAUUCAUUCGUCGCCGCAAAUAACAUAUUUUCCGGCGCCAGCAUCGCAACGGAAAGUGUUUGUUACUCUAUAAUCAAAGCUUGCGAAGAAUUAAAGUCUAGAUUGGCUCCAAUAAGAGAAAAAAUGCCUACUGGGACCUGGAAAGAUAUUAUCAAGAAAGCUGGGGAAGAUCAAGUUGACUUGUGUUCGUUAUACAUGAUGCAGGACUCUGAUCCGGCUUUGAAAGGGUACAGUGCGUUUGCUGUAGCAAUUAUAGAAACGAAACUGGAUGUUUUGUCUGGAAGGUUUCAAAUAAUAAGAGCGGACAUCUUGGAAGAUGUUGGAAUCAGUGCCAAUCCAAUGCUGGAUGUUGGCCAAGUUGAGGGUGGCUAUAUUCAGGGCAUCGGUUACUUUACUUGCGAGAAGCUUCAGUUUGAUAAGCAAACUGGAGAACUAUUGACCAAUAGGUCUCUGACCUAUCACGUACCUCUAUGCCUCGACAUACCUUGCGAGUUUAAUGUGAAACUUAGAUAUAAUUCCAAGAAUCCUAAAGGAGUAUUAGGAUCGAAGACGUGUGGUGAAAUGGGUAUGUGUACUGCACACGGCGUUACUCAUGCUUUAAGAUCAUGUAUCAUGGAGUCCAGGAAAGAUUCUGGAUAUGACACCAACGAGUGGCUUCAUAUAGGUGUUCCCUACGACACGGAAGUUAUAUUAGACGCAUUAAAUGUCAAACUAGAAGAGUUUCUUUUAAUGAAAUAA